UCCUGUCAUACGAGGGCGGGCUUUCGCACAUAUUGGGGUAGAACCUGAACCUGAACUGUGUAGUAUUAAGUGACCGAUAAUUAAAGAUGAUUUAGGAAUCAUGAGAUGCGAUCUGGUCUGAAACUGAACGUUCGUCUAACAGAUGGCGCUUGUAUCAAUCUGGUUAGGAGCUGCUAAACUGCAGCCAAUCAGAAUCCAGUACCGUAUCUAUUUAAGCCUGGGUUGGCUUUUAUUGAACUAUUCAGUAUUUUGAUAAGAACGUAAACGAAUCAACAUGUCUGGACGUGGCAAAGGAGGAAAAACGAAAGGAAAGGCAAAGACCAGGUCGUCCCGUGCGGGACUUCAGUUUCCAGUUGGAAGAAUCCACAGACUCCUAAAGAAAGGACACUACGCUGAGAGGGUUGGAGCGGGUGCAUCCGUGUAUUUGGCAGCCGUCAUGGAAUAUUUGGCCGCUGAAGUUCUUGAGUUGGCAGGCAACGCCGCACGAGACAACAAGAAGACCAGAAUCAUUCCCCGUCACCUUCAGCUGGCGGUCAGGAAUGAUGAAGAGUUAAAUAAACUUCUUUCCGGGGUCACCAUCGCCCAGGGUGGUGUCCUUCCCAACAUCCAAGCCGUUCUUCUCCCAAAAAAGACCGAAAAGAGCGCUUAAUCUGUUUCUUGCUAUCAUUUCCAACGGCCCUUCUCAGGGCCACCAAACAUUUCACUAUACGUAACAAACAAUGGCUAAUUCUCCUAGGGAUAAAUGGUUACAUAAACUUAAGAAAUUUUGUUGUGUGUUGAUCAAAAUUUGUGAAUAAUUUUGUUAAAAGUAUUUUCGUAAAUGCAUGCAAAUCGACGAACUUAUGCCACCAGUCAGUAGGAAUGAGCAUGAUUGAGAUUUACAGCUUGUGGUUGCAGUUCAGUUCAAUACGGUGAUAAAUGGUGGUGAAAUUUUAGAAAAAGAAACUAGAAACUUGGUAUUAUUAUAUCAUUACAAUACCAUGGUAGU